AUGCCACAACAAAAAACUGGGAUUUCCACAACUACUACUUCCUCUUCAACUACCAACGAUGCUAUAACUCGUGUGGUGGAAUGGAAUGAUAAAAUGGAGAUUGAGUUUUUUCGUGCUGUAAUAAAAAAUAGACCUGUUGAUAUAGCGAAAGAAUUCAAUUCAAACAGUCCUGUAAAAUGUUCUAUUUCAGAAUUAUGGGAAAGAUUUGGUUUAUAUUUCAAUAUACAAAAACUCGAAGAAUUAGAACAUGAAUUUGAUGGUGAUGAUAAUGAUAAUGAUCAAGAAGAAAGCUCUCUUUUCGAAUUUAAUUUACCAAUGGAUGAAUAUCACAAUCUUAUCGCAGAAAAUCGUAAAGCAGGAGGAUCUUCACGUGGUGAAUCACCUUCUCCAUCAUAUAUAAAAGGUCAAAGAGGACGUAAAGGACAUUCCAGAACAUCAUCACUCACUGUCUCUUUAGAAUCUUCACCUGAGCCUGAAGAAACUAAAAAACCUAGAAGAACUCGGAUUACAAGGAAAUCUGACAUUAGCCUUGAAAAUAAUAAAACAUUGAAUAAGCGAGUUAGCAGAUCAAGAAAAACUUCCGACGCUAUUUCACCUACACAUAAUCUAUUAUUAUAA